CACUCCUUCAACAACAACAGCUAGUCAGACACCUCGGUAGCUUUCUAGCAAACAUAGCUACAACAUUCACGCUCUUUACACUGUUUUGGUGUAUAUUAGUCGCUGUCUAUUAAACAUACCUCUGUCGUAUGUACUUGUUGGCCCAUUUAAUUAUAUAUUUACGUUGUUUGUCAGCUAGCUGGUUUGCUAAGUUAUCUUUGAACUAGGCUAGUCGAUAAUGCUAGCUAGCUAUUAUCCCCGACCAUGAGUUCACUAAGUUACUCUCCUGCUAAAGAAGAGGCGGUCUGCUGGACGGAGAAUGAAGCACUCGCCAAAGAGGAGGAGGAAGAGAAAGAUGUUACAAUACAAAAACAAGUAGAGGGUGAGGCUGUUACAGUGAAAGAAGAAGAGAAAGACGUUUCAGUGAAAGAAGAGGAAGACGCGUUCAGAGUGAAAGAGGAGGAGGAUGUUACAGUAAAAGAAGAGGAGGCAGAGAAAGAGGAGGAUGCGGUUUUUGGAGUGAAAGAGGAGGGGGAGAUUACUGUCACAUUGGAUGAGGAAGAGGAGGUUGGAGAUCUGUUUAACACCAGAGAGAGACGGGACUAUCGUGGAUCCUCUGGGGAGCCUCAACAACCUCAUGAUGCUGACAAGGCAGAGAAGAGUCUCUCCACAUCAGAACACCUCAAGAAACACCAGCAGAGAUCCAAAGGGAAGAGAACUCACUGCUGCUCUGAUUGUGGGAAGAGAUUCACCUCAUCAGGCAUUACAAUUCAUCAGAGAAUCCACACAGGAGAGAAACCUUUUAGCUGUACUCAAUGUGGGAAGAGUUUUACUCAGUCAACCAGCCUGAAAUCACACCAGAGAAUACACACAGGAGAGAAACCUUAUAGCUGUACUCAAUGUGGGAAGAGUUUUACUCAGUCAACCAUCCUGAUAUCACACCAGAGAAUACACACAGGAGUGAAACCUUAUAGCUGUGCUCAAUGUGGGAAGAGAUUCACCUCCUCAAAAGUUGUUAAAGUACAUCAGAAAAUCCAUACAGGAGAAAAACCUUUUAGCUGCUCUGACUGUGGAAAGAGUUUUCUUCUCUCAGGACAAUUAAAAUCACACCAGAGAACACACACAGGAGAGAAACCCUGUAGCUGUGAUGAAUGUGGGAAGAGUUACACUACAUUUAACAAUCUGAUGGUACACCAGAGAACACACACAGGAGAGAAACCUUAUUGCUGUGGUCAAUGUGGGAAGAGUUUUACUCAGCCACAUACCCUGAUAUCACACCAGAGAACACACACAGGAGAGAAAUCUUAUAGCUGUAGUCAAUGUGGGAAGAGUUUUACUUGGCCACACACCCUGAUAUCACACCAGAGAACACACACUGGAGAGAAACCGUUUAGCUGUGAUCAAUGUGGGAAGCAUUUUACUCAGUCAAGCCACUUGAUAUCACACCAGAGAACACACACAGGAGAGAAACCUCAUAGCUGUGCUCAAUGUGGGAAGAGUUUUACUACAUCUAGCCAGCUAACUACUCACCAGAGAACACACACAGGAAAUAAUCCUUAUAGCUGUACUCAAUGUGGGAAAAGUUUUACUCAGUCAAGCCACCUGAUAUCACACCAGAGAACACAUACAGGAGAGAAACCUCAUAGCUGUGAUCAAUGUGACAAGAGAUACUCUGAUAAAAGAUAUCUGAUUAAACAUCAGAAAAUACAUGCAUGAAGGAGUUUUUUCAUUAUAUCAAACAUUGUAGAAGGACUGCUGAUUGUCUCAAGGGUGGGCAGUCAAAAGGUUUUGUGUUUUGCUUUUAGCCAGUGCAUCACAAUUUAUUUUGACUGCAAGUUUGAGUUUUGUUUGCGCUCGUUCCAAGGGGACGAGAGUUCUAGAAGCUAGUGGAGUUUUUUUCAAAAUUAGUUUUAAGAUUCUAUAGAAAGAAAAAGGUGAGAAAUAAUACUAUUGUAUAUUAUUAAUUAGAAAUAAAUGUUUUUUCUUGUUUUUAAUUGUUGACAGCCAGUAGACACCAUGUUAAUAUUGUAGAAGGUGAAGCAUUGUAGUUGAUUAUAAGGUGAAAUGGAAGUUGUUUUCUGUUGGUGGUGUGCAAACUUUUCCAACAAAAAUAUAGAAUAUAUUUAUUGUUGUCUUAAAGGGGGAAGGUGUUACUGGCUUUGGUUUUUCCAUUUAUGUUUUGAGGUUGGAUUUUAGCACGUAUAGCUCGUUAGCACGUAUAGCUCGUUAGCACGUAGGACGCACUGAUUGGUGUCACCUCGUUAGUCAGUAUGUGUUACACAAGUUCUUUUGUUUGCCUCUUCUUGGGCAGAUUUAGUGGGUCUCAUGGUGGGUGUCUUUUAUGUCCCAGUUGUUGUUACUAGUGAACUUUCAGUGGACACAGAGCAAAAAUUGCAAGAUUGUUAUAAUACUUUUAUUACAUCAAAUGGUUGUUUUAUGCAACAGAAUAGAGGGUUCUUAGAACUAUUGUGUCUGUGUGUUCUACUGAGGAUGGGCCUCUGGGAGAAAACACUGACAGGAGAUUUACAAUGUCUUUUGGGUGAUUAAAACCUAAAGAGACCGCAUUCCAGAGCAUGAGUUAAUGUUUCUGUUCUAUAUGGUACCAGGGAGAGAUGACCCCAGGGCCAGACCCUGGUCUCUACACAAAGUGUAGUGUUUUUACAGCAGAUACUGUCUGCUACUAAAUAGCAAACUAUUUACAUUGCCAGGAAUCCUAAACAAACUAAUCAUAUUAAUUAAUAAUACAACAAGUUUUAAUUGCCUUUUUGAUUUUCAUUUUAGUUAAAGUGGUGCCAUAUUGUUUAAACUCAUUUAUAAAGUGAAAAAAGUUAGGUUUUCAAUUAGACCCUUUGCAUUUGUGAAAAUGAGAUGUACCUAGUAUAAUUAGCAGUUGAAUUAAAUAUACCACAUCUUUAUCUAUGUCAGAAUUUCUGAAAUAAAUCAUAUCAAAACCAUUAAAUAGUACAACCGGUCCUAUUUUUUUUGUCACAAAAUUCUGUAUGUCAAUCCAAAACAUUCUGCUAUAAAUACAGGUAAAAAACAAAUGCAAAAUGGUCUCCUUCUCCAUUCCACAGAAAUCACAGUUAUAUUCAAUAUCCAGCUUGAAUCUUUCCAAAACAUGUUUCACAGGAUAAAUUCUAUGUAACAUUUUAAAUAAAAUUUCCUUUACUUUGUUACUGAUAGAAUAUUUGUUAGCAAUUUCCCAUGCUUUCCCCCAUUGUAUAUCACCAUAGAUAUCUGACCAAAAGAAUCUUGCUGUGGGAAUUGUAGUAUCACAAACAUUAUUCCUAAUCUGUUUAUUACUACAUUUAUCUUUGAUGUUAAUAUUGCCAAUGAAUAUAUUUUCAUGUAAAUCUAUGUUACUUACAUCAACCACAGAGGAAUUUAAAAGAGACAACCCCCCCCUUGGAAUCGCAUCAAAAACAAUUGCAUAUUCUUUCGGGGGUAAUGGAAUUUUAAACUUAUCAAGAAAUUCCCCAUAUGAGAGUAGAUAUCCAUCCUUAUUCAGUAACUGACCAACCAAAAUAAUUUUAUUCUCAAACCAGUUAUGAAAAAAAAGAGACGUAUUUUUAAAUCGUAUAUCUUUGUUCCAUAAAAAGUAUCUGUGAGGGGAAAACUUGUGUUUAUACAAUAACAUCCAAGCUAAAAUUGCCUGCUUAUGGAAUUUUGCCAACUUUACUUAGAUUUUAUCAAUAUCAAAAUUACAUCGAAGCAAAAAUUCUAAACCACCAACAGAGUCAGAUACAUACUUAGGGAAGACAUUCCAAAUACUGUUCUGGUUCUUAACAUACUUCAGAAUCCAAUUUAUUUUAAAAGUAUUAUUUAGAGUAUUGAAAUCUAAAACCUCAAGACCUCCUUGUUCUUAGGUAUUAGUGAGAAUAUAUUUUCGUAGAUAGUGAGGCUUGUUCCUCCAAAUAAAAUUAUAAAGAAUCUUAUCUAAGUCCUUUACAAUUUUAGGGGGUAAGUCAAGUGAUAACGAGACAUAAAGCGAUCUGGAUAACCCUUCAGCUUUGGAUAAUAAAACCCGACCGUAUAACGGAAUAUCUCUCAUCAACCAGAGGUUCAAUUUCUUCUUUGUUUUCUCAAUAAUGGGGUU